AUGGCUCUCCAAGCACUACGCGACGACUUGGUCUAUUACUAUGGCUACUCUCAAGGUCGCGGCUUCUCCAUCAGUGACCUCUUCUCGAGAACAUCCAACAAGAUUUUGUCACAAGUGACCUCUCUGAUGACCCUGCCGCUCCCCUUGCUCUCCUUCCUUGCUGUACCAUUCUUCGGCUCCUCAUCUACCACCAUCAGCCUUGCCUUCUUCCUCUUGACUUGGGUAACUCUGGUCUCCACUCAUAAUCCACUGUAUCUGGAGCUUGUCGGCACUCUUACAAUCAAGGUCAUCUUCUUCCUGCUUCCCAGCUUGGCUGUGCUGGGCUUCGACUCGCUCAUACCAAGUCUCUCUGCCAGCAUAAAAUCUCGUGGUGCUGCUCAAUUACCAACCCAACUGAGUUCGCGCAGAUUGCGAAACGUGAUUUUCGUAUCUGUGUUCAACGUCGCCUUCUCGGUUGUGAUUCAAGGACUUUGUGAUUAUGUACUGACCGAAGUCAUGAACAUUCGCUCUGCUAUUCGCGUCAGCAAGAUUCCUCCUGCACCAUGGCCGACUAUGGUGAAAGAGGUGCUGUACGGUCUCGCGUGUCGUGGAUUGCUGCACUACUUCAUACAUCGCGAUAUCCUUCACGCUUCUCCGAGAGACUCGAUCCUGGCUCGCUGGCACGCUGAUUGGGCGCAUGGUCUGAGACAUACCUUUUCUCUAGCAUCUGCUUACGACCAUCCAGUCUGCCACUUGCUCACAGAUUGUGCACCCUUGUAUCUAUCCACGCUGUUCUUCCGCUUCCACGUGCUGACGUGGUACAUCCUGACUGCCAUCAUCAGUCUAGAGCAAUUCUUCAUCUACUCCGGCUACUCUGUACUGCCGUCCCAGAUUCUGCUAGCCGGCAUGGCCAGAAGAACAGACUCUCACUAUGCUACCGGUGGCAAAGGCAACUAUGGAAAUUGGGGUGUGCUCGACUGGAUCUGCGGCACUGGCUGCCCCGGUGAUGCCGAUGUUGUGGACGAUGUGCAAGACGAGGUCGACAAAAGGAAUGUCAAGCAACGUGCUUCGAAAGCCAUCGGAGACGCAGGGGAAAGACUUAGAAAGAGCAACGACAGCGUGAGACAUUUAAACCCGCCAUCGCGCAAGAUCAGGAAGACAAUACUAAUAUUCUGUACAGGCAUCAAGAUCUUCGUCCCAAAGUCGGAGAAGAAGCAAAAGACAAGCAGCAUGAGCUUCAGCAUGAUCAAACUCUAUUGA